AUGGCCAGCCUGAGGCCGAGCCGACACACCUGCAUCAGGGCGGCGUUCAGUGCAGCUGGCUUCUGGAAGUGGCAGAGACACGCUCGCCAUCGCCUUCAGGUCAGCUCCAGAAGGAACCUCAUGGACUUUGCAGAAGGCAUCUGGAGAGAGUUUUCAGAUCCUUAUGAUGGCGACUCAGAAGACACUCCGGGUCAUUCCACCUACCGCAACUACCGCCAGCGUGCCUACCGCCUCCUGGGUGACAGGAACCGCAACACACCUUCCUACACAUUGAAGUUCAAGGUUGCUGAGGAGACCCGAGUGGAAGAUUUGCUCCUGCCAAAGGCUCCAGAUCUCACUCUGAAAGCGUCUGGCUGGGCCCCCAUUGCCCUGGAGGCCAAUGAUGUCGACAUGCAGCCUGAGGGUGAACUGAAGGCACUUGACCCCCAGGAGGCCAACGGGUGGCCUGCCAGGCUGUCUCCAUCACCAGAGGACUGGAGAAUGACAAGGGUUGCCAACCCCCUCAUUCCUGUGGAGACCCCAGAGAUGAGCAGACACCUGCCGAGCAGAGCCAGAGCGUCACGGCCACCUCCCAGACUUGGGAGUGAGAGAGACAAGGGGCCUAGGCUGCCUCUUUCUAAGAGGAAGCUGGAGCUUUUCCUUUCAGAGCCCGAGAGAACUAAGAGGAAGAAGUAUGCCUCCUCGCCCAGGGGCUGGGUUAGCGCAGAAUCAGGGACACACUCAAGACCAAUAGCAAAGAGUGGUAAACAGGUCUCUACCAAGCUGGGGAGACAGCUCAGAGGGUCAGGGUGCUUGCUGCCAAGCUUGAUAACCAGAGUUUGAUCCCUAGGAUCCACAUGGUGGAAGGGGAAAACCAUCUUCGACACACUGUUCUCUGACCACCACACAGGAACACAGAGUGGCGUGCUUGUGCACGUGUGCGCACACAAUGUGAAAAACAGUUAAAUAGGUUACAAUUCAGGGACAGUCCCAGUGGCCUUCCCUGGGCCUCCCAGGCCCCAGGACCUUGUCUAUUCAUUUAUUUAUUUUUAUUCUUCUCAUUUAUUUAUUUAUAUGAUUUUCGAGACAGGGUUUCUCUGUAGCUUUUGGUGCCUGUCCUGGAACUAUUCUUGUAGACCAGGCUGGCCUCGAACUCACAGAGAUCCGCCUGCCUCUGCCUCCCGAGAGUUGUGCCACCACUGCCUGGUGACCCCAGGAUCUUGUGACAUAGCCCCAGCAACCUUCCUGCCUUAGUCUCCCGAGGGCUGGCUUGCUGGCUGAGGCAGGGGCAGGGCAGAUCCCUCCCCAUUCCUAGAAUGUUCAGAAAUCUAACUGAUCAAGCCCUCUGUGCCACCUGGGCGCAGGGUCUCUUAUAGUCAGCUCAGACUCAGCCUACGAGAAUGCUGUGCUCACUGUGGGUGGCAUGUUUCUUCCUGCUCCACUUUUGCCACUUUGUUCAUUGGAAUUUUCUUUCCUGUAGGUAGUGAGAGCUGAGCAAGAGUCUGGUGCAGACGCCAGAAGUCCAGGUCCCAUCUCCUCUCCAAUCUAGUGUCAUCCCCAUGGCAUGGACAAGGACCACAAGGUUCCCAAGGACAAAUAAAAAAGGUGCUACAAGGAGGUGCCCAAUCUUGGCAGAGCAAGGUCCACCUUGGGGCCAUUCCAGCACUGGUUAGGGGUCGGGUCUUGCUCAUCAGUGCCCAGGUUGGCUCUGCCAGAGAGGAAAACAGGGUGGAUGGUGACUGUCUAGCAGAACUGACUCUUCUGACUAUAGGAGG